UCUCUCUCUCUCUCUCUCUCUCUCUCUCUCUCUCUCUCUCUCUCUCUCUCUCUUCAUCGGUCUGCGAUUCAGCUCUGAACGAUUAGUUUUCACCGAUCCAAUCCAUUGUCGCGGGUACUGCACUGUGAUACAUUGCAAAUGGACAAUGAAGUUAAUGCUCUAGAGCAUAUUCUGCUUGAUGAAAGCGCAAAGCCAAUGCAGCUUUCAUUUUCACUUUUACAAGACAUCACAAAUUGUUUCUCCGAUGAUCGGCAAAUUGGCAGGGGUGGAUUCGCUGUUGUUUACAAGGGGAUGGUCAGACAUGCCAUAGUUGCCGUGAAGAAGUUGACCUUCAACAUGGAAGAGAAGAAAUUCGACAAGGAGGUUGAAUGCUUGGUAAAGGCCAAGCACAAGAAUGUAGUACGCAUUCUGGGAUAUUGUGCCGAAACACAAAAAACAAUUGGAGACCAUGAGGGGAAGUUUGUCAUGGCAGACAUACGAAACUGGUUGCUCUGUUUUGAGUAUGUACCAAACGGGAGUCUUCAUAAGUACAUUACAGAUGCAUCUCAGGGACUUGAAUGGAGAAAGCGCUAUGAGAUAAUAAAGGGAAUAUGUGAGGGCUUGUGUUAUCUUCACGACAAGCGUAUUCUUCAUUUGGAUCUUAAGCCUGAUAACAUACUGAUGGACGAUCACAUGGUACCUAAAAUUACCGAUUUUGGUCUCUCGAGGUGCCUUGAUGAAGAUCAGACCCAGGUUACUACUACAAUCAUAUAUGGAUCAAUAGGAUAUUUGGCACCGGAAUUCUUCAAGGGAAAAUUCACAUUCAUGUCAGACAUAUUUAGUCUUGGCGUUACAAUUGUUGAGAUACUCACAGGAGAGAGGGGGUAUCCAGAAGACGAGAAUGUAACUGAAAGUUGGAUAAACCGGCUAGAGGGAGACACACAGUUGGAUCAAGUAAGAUUAUGCACCAAGAUAGGGAUAGAGUGCAUGAGGUUCGACCCAAAGAAAAGACCGUCCAUAAGUCAUAUAGUCGAUAGGCUUGAUAAAACAGAAAGUAUUGUUGAACCGGUCAUCAGUGGCUCAUCAUCUGAGCAGCAAGUAAGUUCCGAAAGACAUUGCCAAGAGAGAAUCAGAAAUACUUCUGCAGAUGAAAUACAAGAUGUUGCGCAAUGUCUUCAGACGCUUCAAAAUGACCAAUGCCAAGAGAAGGAAGACCAAAGGCCAGUAUGUGGAUCGCAUGAUAUGAAACAGGAUCGAAAAGAUGCAAGCAUUUCUAGCUAUGACUCUAGUGCGUUUCAAAAAUUGAGCAUUUUGGACAUCAUCAAUAGAAAAUCACACAGGAAUUUCGUGAGGAAUGGAGGGCCUACAAUACAACAGUCAAAGAGUGUAAAGAUCUUCCGAGAGGAGGAGCUCAAGACAAUAUUAAACAUUAGCAAUUUAGUUGGAAGAGGUGCAUAUGGUGAAGUUUACGGGGGUCUUCUUGGCAACAAACAAGUCAAAGUAAGGAAGCCGAUUGCUGGCAGUCUGCCAGACAGUGAAGAUUUUGCAAACGAAGUCAUCAAACGAUCUCAAGUCACCCACACGAACAUCCUUAAGCUCAUAGGUUGUUGCCUUGAAGUCGAUAUCCCAUUGCUAGUCUAUGAGUUUUUCUCCAAAGACAGCCUCUAUGACAUUCUUCACCGCAAUAAAAAGGUGCCUCUCAACUUGGGUGUGCGAUUACGCAUUGCCGCACAAGCAGCUGAUGGUGUAGCUUAUAUGAAUUCAGAAAUGAAUGGCAAAAUCCUAUUUUGUGGUAAUCUGGAAGCAUCAAAUGUACUCUUGGAUGAUAACUUUGUGCCAAAGAUCUCGGAUUUUGGCUUACCAUGGUCGGUGGUUGGGCGCGAUUAUUAUUCCCCUUAUUUUCGACCUCGACAACCUGCACCACCUUCACGACGACCUGCACCAUUGAUUCCAAGAAUCAUGGAUUAUUUCAUUGGCCGGCCUGCACCGUCCAACGGGGGAUAUUUCAUUGGCCGACCCGCAGAUUUUGGCAUAUCGGGUUCUGCGAGUGGCCAGCAACCAGGCGAUUAUUUCGUUGGCCGACCUGCAGAUCAAGAAUUCAUGGAAGACAACCAAUUGAUCCAACAAAGUGAUGUUUACAAUUUUGGGGUCAUCAUCUUGGAGCUUAUCAGUAGGAAGAAAGCCACCCAUGAUGAAACUAAUAGCUUAGUGAAGAAUUUCCUUAAAUCUCACGUACAAGGGGAGAAAGCAACAUCAUUGUUUGACAAGGAAAUUGCAGAAAGAAGAAACUUGGCCAUUCUUUACAGCCUAACAGAGAUCGCUGUGGAAUGUCUUAGCAUUGAUGUGGACUCAAGACCAAAGAUGACAGAGAUAGCAGAGCGCCUUCUCAGAUUAUCUCGUAAGUACAUGGUAAGGUAAUACAUACAUAUUUCUAGUCUGAACCACAUUUGAUUUGUUCCACCGCAGUUGUGAACAAGAUCCUUCAAAUAUAUACAACCAGAGGCUCCGUUUGUUUGGAGAUCUCUAUAUGGUUGGUCGAGCCGCACUAUCCCUCUUUAGAAUCUUAGAAACAUCUAUGUACCAUUCACUCAUUUCUGUUCUUUCGAUUACAGACUUACGGUGCAGCGUACUCUUCGGAUUCAAUCAGUUAU